AUGGCAUCCACGAAGGGCUUGCCGACAGAGGCGGGACAGGAAGCCUACCACCACUUUGUUGUCAUCUUUGGGGUCUUGAUCUUGUCUUUUCUUGUCAGCCGCUGGCUUUAUCAACAGGCUUUUGGAACUGACGUUGCAAAAAUAUCGGGCAUCCCAGAGCCUGCCGGGGCUGUUCCGUUCUAUGGCCACCUGAAAGCCCUCGGCAGCGACCAUGCUUCAAAAUUCCAGCAAUGGUCCAGAGAGAAUAACUGGCCUGUAUUUCAGGCAAAAUUGGGCAAUCGGAGAAUCAUCGUUCUGAACACAUUUGAAGCGGCACAAGAUUUCAUUGUGAAGAAUGCCAGCGCCACGAUUGACCGGCCACUCUUUUACACCUUCCAUUCCAUUCUAAGCAAAACCCAAGGUGGUACGAUCGGGACGUCACCCUGGGAUGAGUCAUGCAAGCGACGUCGAACCGUCGUUGGUUCCAUCAUGACGCGGCCUGCUAUCCUGAAAAGCGCAAGCAUGCUCGAUCUUGAGAUCACGGCUCUCAUCAAGGAUUUGGUGUCAAACGGUUUCCGUACUGUCCCCGAGACUGGUGAACGUAGGAGUAUGGAGGUCAACCCUCGCCUUCACUUUCAAAGGAUGGCCCUCAACCUGACGUUGAUGAUGUGCUUCGCAACACGGUUCGAGCGAUUAGAGGAUCCCAUGUUGCACGAGCUGCUCGAUAUUGCUUUAUCGGUCUCAACAUUUCGCUCCACGAACAACAACCUUCAAGACUACGUCCCAUUCUAUCGCUACUUACCUCAGAAUGACAGAACCAAGCUUGCGAUUGCCAAUAGAGUCAAGCGAGAUGAGAUCUUCAAGCAGUUGCUGGACAAGGUGGCGAAGGCUUUGGAGGAGGGAAAACCGGUGGAUUGUAUCUCGAGUGGCCUUCUAAACGAGAAAGGCAGAUUGACAGAUACCGAGAUUCGGUCGGUCAAUGUAUCACUGGUUUCUGGUGGAUUUGAAACACUCUCCACCACCGGGCUGGCAGGCCUCGGCUACCUCUCCUCCCCGCAGGGACAACACAUACAGGCCAAAGCUUUCAAGGCUAUUAUGGAGGUAUAUUCCUCGCCCGAAGAAGCAUGGUCAGAUUGUCUGCAAGAGGAGCGCGUUCCGUACAUCGUGGCGCUCGCCCGUGAGAUGUUGCGAUAUUAUGCUGCAAUCCAACUGCUUCCGCCGCGCCAGACAUGCAAGGAGUUCGAAUGGAAUGGUGUCAGAAUCCCCACCAAAGUGGCAGUUUAUCAAAAUGCUCAGGCCAUCAAUCAUGACGAGACUGCUUAUGGUCCUGAUGCGGAGGAGUUCCGCCCUGAACGAUGGCUCGAGGAAAAUGUCGAGUUCAAGGUGGGCGCCCCAUAUCAUUACAGCUUCGGCGCCGGUUCCAGGAUGUGCACGGCAGUUGCCUUGUCAAACAGGAUUUUGUACGCCUUAUUCUUGCGUCUGAUCCUGCAUUUCGAGUUCACUGCCUCGCCGACGUCUCCGCCCGUGACACAUUACGUCGACCUCAACGAAGACACCACCGGUCAGACAGUCAUGGUCAAAUCAUAUUCAAUCACCAUGAAGGAGCGCUUUCCGCAUGAGUCGAUCCUCUCGAAUUUCCAAACAUCGGACCAGAUGUCCAAAACGGUGCAUUUGGUCUGA